AUGAGGUUCAGGAUACAGGGGAUAGACCAUCGAAGAGCUGGUUCAUCCACGCAGGAUAUUCCAGGAACGCCUGCGCGCGAUGCAGAAACUAAAUGUAUCGUUUGGUAUUUGAUCGAGGCGCCUGGUUUUAACAUAGUGGAUGCCAUUUCACUGUCUCCCAAUGAGCGCAUCCUCGCAGGUACACCACUGCUCCUGGACAACACAGUAUAUUUAUGGAACCUCGAAAACGAUCAACUUAUCAAAAUACUAGAUCAUGCUGAAGAAUUGGAGUACCCUGCUCAGCCUACCUUUUCUGCAGAUGGAAAGUUCCUUAUCACUAGCUGCGAAGGCUACCUAUACAGAUGGGAUGUUUUCGCUAUCGUCAAAGAAGCUGGCAUUCCGUUAGAUAUUCUUGAUGCUACACCGCAACCAGCUCCGAAGUUACAAGGUGCUCCUCGAAUACCUCCAGGAUUUUUUGAUGAUGCCCUGCGAGAGGCUAAUGCGCGCAUCCGUCUAUCCCAAUCCCAUGGGCCGCAUGUCCACCUCACCUCAGCACCACAUCAACGCACCUUCGAUCGCUUUCACUCAUUCUGGCAGCACUUGAAGUCUCAGAGAGAACCUGGUCACCAUACUGCAUCUCGGUCCCACCCUCUUCGCUGGAAUCAAAACCUAGUAUCUGGUAUACUUCGCAGGCGAGAUGGAUCAGACAUUCAGUUGCAAGAGGUCGAGGUCCCUUACACAGCAGGAAAGCCUAGGAACUAUCACGCAAGAAAGAAGAAGCCCAUUGCCAACUCAUCUCGACCUUCUAAUAUUCAUACCACGCAGCAACCCAAUGGAGCAGCACAAAGUACACCAACGUCAUCACCGCUACCACCCCCAGCUGCCACUGCCACUGCCACUUCCUCGACAAUUUUCGCUGUCGCUGGUACUGCCGGGGUAACGGGAACACCCUCGCGUCCCCAUAUCAUUGGUGCUGGAUGGCGCGCUCGUUUUGUGGGCUGGCUUUGCUGCAUGCCUAUCCAGAACACAGGCGGCCACCAUUAG